AACCAUCCUACCGGGUACCCAUUGACUGCUGGGUAACCGUGGCAUAUUUCGAACAUAGUCACUUGGACACCACAUGUAUCACAUGUGAACAGCCUAAUCACAAAGCCCAAAGGUAAAUCGAUUAUUUUGAUAAUUAUUGUAAAUGCAGGAAAAAAUCCGUUUAAACAUUGCGUAUAAAAUUAGUUUGAUCAUAUUUUGAAGCUGACAUUUUUAUGUACUUUCACUAUUAAAUAUAUACAUUAUUCAUUUGUACUUUGAUUUGUCCAAGCGGGAAACAAUAGCAUAUGACUCACGCAGUACCAGCGAUGCGAAGAACUUGGCAGACGACAGCAACAAACAACAUUAAAGACGCCAUGAUGGUAACACGAGCGCAAUAUUUUCAAGUUCCAAGUUUUGAGAAACGGAAGGGAUGUGAUAUAAAACCCGGGUACUUCUGUCGCGACACAAUGAGUGCUGGGAAGGUCCAGUGACAUUUCACACGUCUCAGAAACACAACAAUUUUCACCUUGAAAAAAAAGUCACCACAGACAGCGCGUGAUAAACUACGACCCCAGAAAGUAGUUCCGGCUGAAUUAUCUGCCUACAGCGGACUGAUGGACUAACAAAUUGGUUACGUGUUAAGUCCAAAAUGAUAACUUUGAUGCGCGUUUACCUUGCUAAGAUACGAAAGGGUGAUGAAAUAUGACACAGAAGGAAAGGGAUGACGAUAGGCUUGCGUUUGAAGUACCAAGAAAAUCACAAGAAAUUUGAGUGCAAGGUGUAGCAUUUUCAUCACGGAACAUUUCAAAAUGGCGUCCGCGUGGUAUUCGACAUGUCUCCUGGCUGCAGUUGUUUUAUCUGUCAAUGGAGCGAGCCAGUUUACGCCCAUCGUUGACCGCUUUCCGAGUAUGGAAUUCGUCACCGGAUCGAACGGAAGCAUGACGUUAGAGGCCCAGAUGCCUGGCAACGUGUCGAUCAUCACAUCUGAUGGCCACACCGUCUACUACAAGAACGUCGACCUCCUCAAGAUCAUCAGGCUGGUCAACGCCACCCCUCCUAUCUGGGACGACUAUGGGACAUACGGCUACGUUGGAUCCUUCUUGGGACUACAAAAAAUAUCAGCUUUCAUCCACGCGAAGGAUCCCGAGGAUCGUGGCAUGACGUACACCGUGAUAGCUGGGGACCUCCCCGUGGGGAUCAGUCUGGACCCUCUCACUGGGGAACUGAAGGGUGUGGCCCCCGACCUUGACGCCACCUACGUCGUGACGGUCCGCGUAACCAAUACCCUGGGUGCCUUCGCAGACGCAAUCUUCAAAAUUGCUGUCAAAAAUUCCCAUGUCUGCAUGGACAGUCCGUGCCUGCACGAGAGCACCUGUGAAGAACACAAAGGAACAUUCCGAUGUGACUGUCUCCAUCCCUAUGGCGGGAAACUGUGCGAGCUGAACUGCACAGGUAACGCUCUUGGAGUGUCUCAAAGUGUUAAGACGGUCCAUAAUGCUCAAAUGUCGGCGUACCUCACUUACACUACGUACAGCGCAUCCGACGGAAGGAUCGGAGGGAAGGGAUGGUUCGGAGUUGGGGAGCACUCCUGGCUCCAGAUCGAUCUAGGCAACCAGACGUUGAUCCACGGCGUGCAGAUGCAAGGCCAAGACGGCAACUACUACACCUCCAAGUACCUAGUCCAGUACAGCCUCGACGGCAGUCAUUUCCACAACUACACCAACCCCUUCAGCGGCGUCGUGGAGGAACUUGUAGGGUCGACCUCGGCUGCAGUGGUCACCAGCUACCCCGGCAGGACAUUGCCGCUGCUGACCCGUUACGUGAGACUGGUGCCUACAGACUGGAACAAGUCCUACAUGCCAAACAUGAGAGUGGAGUUGCUGGGAUGUCACUUGUACUAGAUCUUCGCAUAGAAUAAACAUGAUUAAUGUUUUAA